AUGGCAGAAGCAUCCAGUUCAUCUCAACAAGCCCCAAUCAAUCGCAAAAGGCGCCCCAAGAACAAUUGGGAGAAUCGCCAUGGAAAAUCGCGUCGUCAAGUUCGACCUCCGAGUCAAAGUAAUAAUAAUGCCGGCAAUGGCAAGGCUGCUGUGGUUUCCAAACCGGUCUGUUCGGUGUGUCAAAAAGUCGAGUCUCCCAAGUACAAGUGUCCCAAAUGUCGGAGUCCCUAUUGCAGUAUUCAAUGCUGUCGUGAUCACAAGGCCAGCGGUUGCAAACCUAAUACUGCUACCAGCAAUGAUGUCAGUAAUAAUCCAACCAACGGGAAUGCUACCACCACCACGGCAACAACAACAACAACGUUAGUAGCAACAACACCCACCAGCAGAUAUCUGGCCAAGGAAGAACUAUUGACGGCACCCCCCACCAAGCGAACCAGGAAUGACGACAACAGUGACGAUGACGACGAUUUGGAAGAGGGUUGGAAAAUUACGGAUGAAAUGAAGCAAGCCCUACAACAAAACGCUCCGUGGCUGCGUCAAGAGCUGGCCGAUGUGGGAUUGCAACAAAUCAUUACCGGCAUUGAUGGGGCGUCCAAUCGCAUUCGAAAACGCAACGAUACCCAAACGCCUCAAGAACGAUUAUUGACACACACCAAAUUGGACAAUCCACAAUUCUCCAAAUUUUGUGAUGAUUUGUUGGUAGCGAGUGGGAUUUUACAACGAAAUGACAAUGGCAUUGUACUAUCCAUGGAAGAAGAAGAGUCGUUGCAAUCAUCAUCCUCAUUGGGAGAUGCCAACAACAAUUUGCCAACGCUCAAGCCGACUGCCCAAAAAGUCCCACUGCAAAAGGAUGCCGAAAAAGACGUAGCAAAAGAUGAUGAUGAGUCCAGCAGUGAUGAUACUUCUUCCAGUGAUUCUUCAGAUGACGAAGAAGAUCAUUGA